CUGUUUAUGACAAAAGCUGUCCCUCUCAGUACAAGUUGAUACACCCAUAGGCAUUCAAAAUGCUACAGGAUUUUAUUACUGCUGCAGCCUACCACAGGCCCUCGGACACAAAGAUUUCCUGAGCUGUCACCGAAGGAAUAACACCAUGGGGAACCAAUGCUCUGCACUCAGGAAGGGUAAUAUAAAGGAAAAGGACCGUUCCAAACUCGACCAAAAGAACAGUGAGGUUUCCACUAUUGUGAAAAGUGGAGAAAAGUCUCCUCUCCUCCAAAGACGGUCAUCUCUGCAGGAGGAGACUUUAAGGAGGCAAGAAGAAGAGACUUCCUUUGAAGAAAAUGGUUGUAGUGGGAAGUGCAGCACUAUGGCUCAUGAGUACGCUGUCGUUCAAGAUAACACCACAAGUCCUCACCACUCUGAAACACAUGAUCCUGCUCCAGUCACCAUAGAGGAGAAAGAAGCCUACUGGGUGGACAACAACAGGGCUAACCUCAUUCAGAGCGUCACUUCAGUGAUGCUGAUAGUGGAUGAGAUGCACCAGCAGCGCAUGAUCCAUAAAGAGAUAUAUGCCAACAUUGAGGCUGCCGGUACCAGUAUGGAGCAGAUGAGGGUGCUCUACGGCGCCCUUACUUCUACAAAAGCCAAAUCUGCCUUUUUCAGAAUCCUUCGGGAAAUUGAGCCAGCAACAUGUGAAACAGAAGAUGUUGUCGGAGAAAUAAUCAAAAAACACAAAGCAUAUCUGAGGGAAAGGCUUAGCUAUGAGUCCGAAGGCACAGAAAGAAACCCUAAAGAUGAAAAGUCAUUGGACCAAAUUUACACAGAGCUUCACAUUAUACAGGGAGAAAGUGAACAUGUCAAUAAAGAACAUGAGAUCUGGGAGAUUGAAGAUAAGGCAAGGAUUCAAACAGCUGAGGGCACAAAGAUCAACUGCAAUGACAUCUUUAAAAGUACACCAGAAGAUAGUGUGUCACCUGGGAAAGACAGAAGAAAAGUGAGAGCUGUCAGAACUGUGAUGACAAAGGGAAUUGCUGGCAUUGGAAAAACUGUGUCCGUGAAGAAGUUCAUCCUUGACUGGGCAGAUGGGAGAGCCAAUCAGGACUUGGACUUCAUAUUUGUACUACCAUUCAGGGAGCUAAACCUGGUCAUAGAUAAGAAGAUUAGCCUUGAGACACUUGUGAGAGAAUUCCAUCCAGAACUUAAAAAAAUAGCAGUUUCAAGAAUAUUUGCUAAUCGCAAAGUUUUGUUCAUUUUCGACGGUCUCGAUGAAAGCCAACUUCAACUGAAUUUCAAAACAGCCGCAAGACUGACAGACGCCACUGAGGAAUCAUCAGUGGACACUCUGGUGACCAACCUCAUCCGGGAACAUCUUCUUCCCUCUGCACUUGUCUGGAUAACCUCAAGACCGGGAGCAGUUCAGCGCAUCCCUCGUCAGUAUGUAUACCAGUGGACUGAGGUCAGAGGAUUUAAUGACCCACAAAAAUUACAGUACUUCAGGAGGAGGGUUCAGGACAAGGUCGUUGCUGAAAAAAUCAUUAACUACAUUACAAUGUCACGGAGCUUAUACAUUAUGUGUCACAUACCUAUCUUCUGUUGGAUUGCGGCAAAAGUUUUUGAGCAAUUGCUGCUGAGCAACAACGUUCAUGAUGAAAACAUAAAAAUACCCACAACUCUUACUGAGAUGUACACACACUUCCUUAUUAUUCAGAUGCAAGUAGCUACUGAAAAGUACGACAACCAGGAUGAGUCAGAUACAGAGGAGAUCUUCAAGUCAAAUAAGGAAUUCAUUUUCAAAUUAGGCAGGAUGGCAUUUGAACAUCUGAAAGAAAGCAAAAUCAUAUUCCAUGUCAAUGAUCUGAAAAAAUAUGGCAUUGACACAGACAAAGCUGGGGUUCAUUGUGGUUUGUGUACAGAGAUAUUCAAAGAAGAGAGUGUGUUCAACAGAAAGAAACUCUACUGCUUUGUGCAUCUGACAGUUCAGGAGUAUUUUGCUGCUUUGUUUGUGUACCACAGUUUUGCAACUAAAAAAAUUGAUUCUCUAAGCCUCAAGGAUUUCCUGCUAAAAGGGUCUGAGGAACAUUUGAAGUCUAUCUUGGAUGCAGAUCCAGUUGAUCUACCAUUGGAUGAGCUGAUUGAAAUCACAAUAGCUAAUUCAGCUCUGAGAAAGACAGGAGAACUGGACAUGUUCCUGAGGUUCCUUAUUGGGAUGUCUCUACAAUCAACACAUGGACUGCUGCAAGGCCUGAUUCAGCAGACAGAGGAACACACUGCAGUUGUUGAGGAAAUCAGGAAAAGUCUAACAGAAAUAGACUUAGGCGACUGCUCACCGGAAAGAUGUCUGAACCUUGUCCACUGCCUGAUCGAGCUGAAAGACAGUUCUCUAUAUGAUACUGUGCAGCAGUAUCUUAGACCAAAUCAUGAUCCAGAAACACAGCUUUCCCCUUUUCAGUGCUCAGCUCUGGCUGACUCAAUUUUAAUGUCAAAUACGCCUCUUGAUGAAUUCAACCUGAAGAAAUACAGACCAUCAGCAAAAGGUAUUUUUAGGCUUGUCCCAGCUGUGAGGAACUGCAGAAAAGCAAGAAUCUCAGGGGUGCAUCUCAAUGCUUGGCUUUGUGAAACAAUCUCCUCAGCUCUUCAAAUGCCAAACUCUGUGCUAACUGAACUGCACCUGAUGAAUAAUACCUUUUAUGAGAAAGGUAUAAAGUUCUUGACUGAUGGCCUGAUAAACUCUAAAAUAGAAGCUCUGAGUCUCUCAGGUACGGGAUUUUCAGAAACAGAGUGUGAAAUUUUGGUAUCAGGUACCAAAUCAUUCACCUCAAAUCUAAGAGAACUGGAGCUGAGUGGAGAUGUACUGAAGCGGUCAUUGUGCUCUUUGCUUUCUGCUGUGCUUUGCCACUCUAAACUGGAAAAGCUCAGACUGAACCGAAAUGGUGAGACUAGAAAAAUCUGUAAGGAGUUAGUGGCGGCACUCAAAUCCACACCCUGUUACCUGCGAGAGCUUGAACUAAGUUACACCAAUUUUAAAGACUCAGAAAUGGAGAUCCUCUCAGCUGGGUUGGCAAGCACGAACUGUUCACUGGAGGUAUUGAGUCUCAGUCACAACAAUCUCACUGAGAAAGGUUGUCGGGUGUUGGCCUCAGCACUCAGCUCUAAACCUUCGCACUUGAGAGAGGUGGACCUGAGCUACAAUGACCUGCAGGACUCAGGAGUCAUGGCACUCUGUCAUGCACUGAUGAACCCACACUGUGGUUUGAAAGCACUAAGGUUGUCGUUCUGUAAAGUGACAGGAGAUGGAUGUCGCUCUCUGGCCUCGGCUCUGAGGUCUGACCACUGCAGCCUCAGGGAGCUGGACCUGAGCUUUAAUCACCUCGCAGAUCAAGGAGUCCAGCUGCUGACGGAAAUACAGAGGGAUUCGCGCUGCAGUCUGGAGAAACUCAAUGUGGACCAAAAUGAAGAAUGCUGGUUUGACUUGACGCUACUGAGACAGUAUGCCUGUGAUCUGACUCUGGACCUUAACACAGCAAGUGUGAAUAUAAUUUUGACAGAGGGGAACAAAAUGGCAACAUGGGUGGUAGAGAAGCAGCCAUAUCCUGAUCAUCCAGACAGAUUUGAAAGUUAUCAGGUGCUGUGUGAAGAAGGUUUGACAGGUCGCCAUUACUGGGAGGUUGAGUGCUAUUCCGCUGAUGUUGGAGUGGCAUACAAAAGUAUAGACAGGGUGGCAGACUGUUCAAGUGAAGUUUCUUUUGGAAGAAAUGAAAAAUCUUGGUGCUGGUUUGAUGAAGGGUCAUUUUGUCAUAACAAUUCCUGUCUAAAGUUCAUGUACUGCUCUACACGCAGAAGUACCAUGGGAGUGUAUCUGGACUGGCCAGCAGGUAUUUUGUCCUUUUUUGAGGUCCUUCCUGAUAAACUGAUCCACCGGUACACCGUCCACACAACUUUCACUGAACCACUCCAUCCUGGUUUCACUGUGGCUCAGGGAUCAAUUUACCUCUGUAAAAUAAAGUAAUCAAAAGUCUUUGUGAAACUGUCAUACUGCAUGUACAGCCAGAAAGGGCUAAUCCCUGAUGGCUACAUAAAAAGACAUUGAUACAAUA